CAUGUCCUUGCAUUUGGGGAAUGAAGUCUUUGACGUGUAUAAAGCCCCCCUGCAGGGAGACCACAACCAUCUUUUCAUCAGACAAGGAACUGGGCUUCAGGGACAGGCCGUCUUCAAGACCAAACUGACCUUCCGGCCACACUCCACAGACAGCGCCACGCACAGAAAGAUGACCCUCUCGUUGGCUGACCGAUGUUCGAAGACGCAGAAAAUCCGCAUUCUGCCCAUGGCUGGCCGCGAUCCCGAGUCCCAGCGCACAGAAAUGAUUAAGAAAGAGGAGGAGAGGCUGCGAGCGUCCAUCCGUAGGGAAUCCCAACAGAGAAGGAUGCGCGAGAAACAACACCAGCGGGGCCUGAGUGCCAGUUACUUGGAGCCCGACCGCUACGAUGAAGAAGAAGACGGAGAAGAGGCCAUCAGCCUGGCUGCCAUCAAGAACAGAUACAAAGGCGGAAUACGAGAGGAGCGCGCUCGGAUUUAUUCUUCGGACAGUGAUGACGGUUCGGAUGAGGAGAAAACGCAGAGGUUGCUCAAAGCGAAGAAACUCAACAGUGAUGAGGUGAGAGAAUCCAGGCGGAGUUGCUGGACCACCAGUUGA